AUGGCUGAAAUCGACAUCAUGACCAACGAGUCCAUCUUGGACGAAGCUCUUCUUACAACAGAGUCUCCCGUCAUUGACUCAACCGACUUGAUCGUCCUUGUUUCCCUUCUCCUCGGAGCAAUUGUCUAUCUGUCAAACGGCAAAUUACGAAACCUCUUCUUCCCCAAAACCACCAUAUCAGCAGAGACGACAGCUUCAAAAGAAGACAGUCUUCGAAGCAUCUCUCACAUCUGCAACACCACCGGAAAAAACUGCAUCAUCUUCUACGGCUCACAAACCGGCACCGCAGAGAACUACGCUCAAAAGCUGGCACGAGAAGCCAGUUCACGCUAUGGCCUCGAUCCCAUGGUCGCUGAUCUUGAGGAGUAUGACUAUAAUGAUCUUUCUGAACUCUCAGAGCAAGUCGUGUUGAUGUUUGUCCUCGCUACGUACGGCGAGGGUGAACCAACUGAUAACGCCCAGGACUUUUACACCUACAUCACUGGCGGUGAAGAUGGGGAUCAACCGGAUGCUGAUCUUCAGAACGUCAAGUAUGUUGCUUUCGGUCUAGGGAAUAGCACCUAUGAGCAUUAUAAUGCUAUGGUGAGACGUGUUUCCAAAGCACUGGAUCAGCUCGGUGCGAAGAAUCUUGCUAGUGUUGGGGAGGCUGACGAUGCGGCUGGGACGACUGAAGAGGACUUUCUGGCAUGGAAGCAGGACAUGUGGCCGAAGCUUGUCCAAGAGUUUGGGCUUCAGGAGAGAGAUGUUGCCUAUGAGUCUACCUUUGGUGUUCUGGAAAGAGAUGACCUGAGUGCGAGCUCGCCUGGAGUCUUUCUCGGUGAAGCAAACGCGGAUCAUCUUGAUACCAGCUCUGGCAACCGUCAGUUCAGCAACACGAACCCUUACAUCGCCAAGAUCACUGAGUCUCGCGAGGUGUUCACUUCCGAGGAUCGGAACUGCAUUCACAUGGAGAUCGAUCUUGGCGACUCAGGUCUGUCUUAUGAGACGGGUGAUCACAUCGCUAUCUGGCCUACCAACUCAGAAGAUCAAGUCGCCCAACUUCUCAACAUUCUUGGGCUGACCGAGAAGAAGGAUACAGUUAUUUCCAUCGUCAGUCGGGAGGCAACAGCAAAGUCACCUGUUCCUACACCGACUACAUAUGCUGCUGCACUACGAUAUUACCUUGAAAUUGCUGGACCUGUAUCUCGAGAUUUCAUCAACGUCAUCGCUGCUUUUGCACCUACCGAGAUCGCAAAGGUCGAAGCGACGAAGCUUGGUAGCGAUAAGGUGUAUUUCCAUGAGAAAAUCAGCCAGAAAUGUCUUUCACUUGCUCAAGUGUUGAGUAUGCUCAGCGGCGGCCAACCAUGGCCUAAGCUGCCCUUCUCAGCUAUCGUAGAAGGACUCAGCAAACUUCAGCCUCGAUACUACUCCAUCUCCUCAUCAUCCCUCGUCCAACCCUCCCUCGUUUCCAUCACCGCUGCCGUUGAAUCAGCUGAGAUUCAAGGCCGACCCGAUGUCUUCAAGGGCGUUGCGACGAACUACCUUCUCUCUCUCAAACAGGCUCAUAAUCAGGAAUCUCAAUCACAAGAUUAUCAACUCAAUGGUCCUCGGGAGAAGUACAUCGGCUUCAAAGCGCCCGUUCAUCUUCGCAAGUCCAACUUCAAACUUCCGAAGGAUUCGUCUCGACCUGUCAUCAUGGUCGGUCCGGGAACUGGUGUUGCUCCAUUCAGAGGCUUCGUGCAGGAGCGAGCGGCGUUGAAGAAGCAGGGUAAAAAUGUCGGAAAGAGUCUGUUGUUCUUUGGAUGUCGUCGACGGGACGGGGAUUAUCUCUAUGAAUCAGAAUGGAGGGAUCACAAGGAGACCCUUAGCCAUAGCUUCGAUAUCCAUGUCGCCUUCUCAAGAGAGACCAAGCAAAAGGUCUACGUGCAGCAUCUUAUCAGGAGUCACGCCAAGGAGGUGAUAGACAUGAUUGACAACGGGGCGAUUGUCUACGUUUGCGGCGAUGCGAAGCACAUGGCACGCGAUGUUAACUCAACGAUCAUCUCUAUCUGGGCUGAACAGCGCAAUAUCUCCGUUCAGAGCGCAACGGAGAAGGUGAAGGGUCUAAGGGACACUGCAAGAUAUCAGGAGGAUAUCUGGUAG